UAUUAUAGGAUCCACCAAAAUCAAUAGGUAAACUUCAAGUUUCAGGACACGAGGUUUGUGGUGCAGCUUGUGUGUUGAAUCAAAAUUUCGAACGAAUAUUGUGAAAAUGGGCUUGAAGACUAUCUGCAAGUUUUUCAUCUUCCUUAUAUGUUUACAUGCAACCUUAAAAACAUCAAAUGCUACAAUCACCGAGUCAGAUGUUAAGUCAUGUAUAUCCAACAUAAGAAAAAGCCUCGAAGAUCAGAGAGACACUGCCAAAAAACGUUUCGAAGAACUCAGAACAAGAAAAAUCAAUGACAUGAAAGAACAACAAAAAGAAACAUACGAUAACUUGAUUGCUUCGAUUCAAAAUGAGAAGAAUGUAUUGUCGAAGUUGAAACAAUCAGCUAUCCAAGACAACUACGAUGUAACUGCAUGUAACGACAGCUCCAAUAUUCUUGACUUGAUUUUGACUUCAGCCCAGGCAAGCAGUAACACAAUUCUUGCAGAGUACAAGAGUAUUGUCGAUAGGGGUCAUACUCAAACCUCCCUUCAAGUAGAUAAAUUCGCUCAGAAAUACCAACAGCUGGAAAAACAACUAAGUAAUUGUCAGAGUCAAUCACAAAACUCAGACUGUCUUGACAAGGUCGAAGAUGAAUGCGAGAUAUUUGGUUACCAAAAUGAAAUUUACGAUCUUCAAUCAACAUAUUACGGUGAAGCUGAAAAAAAUUUCAUUUAUUACAAGGUGAAAAUUAGUACUUCAUUCCAGAAGAAAAUGGAAGAAGUGAAGUUUUUCUCGAACGAUAUGAAAUCAUGUUAUAGAAGUGUUAAAAACAUAAAUAGUACUGCUACGAACGAUGUAGGUGAUAGUGGGGUAUCUUUCCAGCCACACAAGCUCUUAGUAUUAGUACCAAUUGUAUAUAAACUUUUAUUUUGAAAAUUUUUGAAUUUUCAUUCGACUUUUUCUAAUUUCUGAUAAAAAUAAAACAAGUGUUUGCAU